AGUAAAAUGUAUAGUUCCUAUAGAAGCGUUAAAAAAUGUACCUCCGUACUUAUGUAUUCUCAACGAUUAUUUUAUUUUCUCCUUUCAAUUGUAGCUGUGAAAACAUAUCCUGAUUGUCCACGCGACGGUUCUAAUGCGGCGUAUUUUCCGAAUAAAGAAGACUGUGGGAGUUUUUGGCAGUGCUCAAAUGGACUCCCAUAUCUAUUCAAUUGUCCAGCAAAUCUUCAUUUCAAUCCUGAGUUGAAUGUUUGUGAUUACCCCCAGAAUGUUGGAUGUGUAAUUUCAACAGAAGAUUCAUCAGAAACGACAACAGCUGAUAAAACUCAAACUUCUAUUACCGAAGAAACAUCCCCAUACACAUCAACAACUGCUUCUUCGACAACGUCAAAGGUACCUUCAAUGAGUACUACAACAACAUCUACAAAAUCUACAGCGUGUACAAAAUCUAGAACUCGGAAAACUAUUCCCGUAUCAAGCGAGGCGACUAUUACAACUUCACCAAUCACUACGCAAGCAACAACAAGCUCUUUAAUAAUUUCUACAUCUGUAUCAACUGAAGCGAUAUUAUCAACCACUUCUGAAAAUGUUUAUACGACCAAAAAAACUACUUCUCCGGAUUUAAGUACUGUAUCUCUUAUAACAUCAGAAAUAUCAAAUACAACAACAUCUUUAUCUACAGUAACUUCACAAAUACAGACUAAAGAUACAACAGCAACCUUAUCUACAAUACCUUCACAAAUACCCACUGAAGAUACAACAUCUUUAUCUACGAUAUCUUCACAAAUACCUAGUGAAGAUGUAACAUCUUUAUCUACGAUAUCUUCACAAAUACCUACUGAAGAUGCAGCAUCUUUAUCUACGAUAUCUUCACAAAUACCUAUUGAAGAUGCAACAUCUUUAUUUACAAUAUCUUCACAAAUGCCCACUGAAUAUACAUUUCUAUCUACAAUAUCUUCAACAAUACCAACUGAAGAUAUAACAACAACUGUGGCUACUACCGAAAACAUGGACUAUGUCUGCGCAGAUCUAUCCUCUGAAUAUUUUAUAGCGCCUCACCCCAAUGAUUGCACUUCGUUUGUAGCUUGUUCUUACGGUACAGCUUAUGUCAUGAAAUGUAACAACAAUCUGUGGUUUAAUAGCCAAUUAAUUAGUUGUGUAGAACCUGCUAAAUCUAAUUGUAAAAUAAGUAGAGUCAUUCCGAUAAGACUUGUCACUCUAAGCUGUACAACUUCUAGCGAUAAUUUAAUUUCUAUCUGUUAUAAGAAUGAUGAUGGAAGUUACCUGCAGCAUCCUAGUGAUUGCGACAAAUUUAUUAUUUGUGUUCAUGGUUUUCCAAUCACUAUGUAUUGUCCCGAAGGUUUGCAGUUUAGUUUAUCAAAGCAGCAGUGUGUGUAUCCUCAUGAUACGGAUUGUAAUUUGGGUAGCUGAUGCUUUAUAUAAGAAACUACUAGUCAUUGUGAUGGUCAAAAGGAAAAACAAACUAUAAAAUAAAAUAACUUGUGCAUUUAUUUUGGAAAAUUAUUGGCGUGGGUGUAAAUUUAUAACAAAUAAUUAGGUGAAAAAUAAAAAACCACACUUUUUUUAAUAUUACUUAUUCUUGGUACACUUGGUCUUCAAGAAUGAUUUGAAUAAAAGAUGCUAAUUAUUACAAAGCUGAAAUAGUUUAUUGUGAACUUUUAUGAGGAUAUAUUAAAAAACUCUCAGCCUACUAUAGAACCAAACAAAAUUCCAAUGUCAAAAUAUUUUAUUACUCAACAUAUUCUCCUCUUAAUUGGAUACAUUUAUUACAGCGAACGUGCAACGUCUCUAGACCUUUCAAAAAAAAAUGUUUCUUCUUGUUCUGCAAACUAGACCUCCACAGCUUUUAUUACCUCCUCGUUGAAAGAAAAUUUAUGAACUUUUAAACUUUUUUUCAGUUGAAGAAAGAGAUGAUAGUCGGACGGAGCCAAAUCUGGUGAAUUGGGGAGAGGGUGUUCUGGUAAUUCAAACCCGAAGUUACGAGUUUUUUGCAUGGCAGCAUGAGAUGUCUGUGCAGGGGCGUAGUCCAGCAAAAACAAAAUACCUUUGGAUAGCUUUCCACGUCUUUUCUCUUAAAUUUUUUCCCCUAGAGUGGUCAGUAAUGUCGAAUAGUAAUGUCCAGUUAUUGUUUUAUCCUUAUCCAAAAAAUCAAUCAUGAUUACUCCAUGGUAAUCCCAAAAAAUUGAAGGAAGAACUUUUCCAGCAGAUUUUUGGACACGUAACUUUUUGGAGAUCUUGGAGAACUAGAGUGUCGCCAUUCCAUCGAUUGAUGCUUUGUUUCUGGAUCGUAGAAAUGUACCCAAGUCUCAUCUAUAGUAACAAUUCGGUAUAAGAAGUCUACAUUGUUUUAAAAUCGAGCACAGAUCGAACGCGAUGCUUCUACCCUUGCACGAUUUUGGUCAGCAUUCAAACGUUUGGGGAUCGAUUUUGCAGCAAUUUUUCUCAUGUCCAAAUUGACGUGAACUAUAUGAUGAACGCGUUCGUAUGAAAUAUUCAGUGCUUCAGAUAUACGUUUUAGCCCAAUUCGACGGUCUUAUUAAAUCAUGUCAUGAACUACUUUGAUAUUUUCGGGGAAUGACACAGAAACUGGCCUUCCCGAUCGGUCAUCAUCUUCAAUGGAAAAUUUACCUCUUUUGAAGCUUGCAGAUCAAUUUUUCACGGUCACAUACGAAGGACAAUGAUUGAUCACCAAGGGUAUUAAGCAUAUCUUCGUAGAUCUGCUUAUCUCUUAACGCUUUUAAAUACAGGUACUCGAUACUCCAAUUUUCACAAUUUCGGUGGACAUCUUUUUUCUUUUAAUUUAUUGCGUAACUCUGGUUCACGUUUUUGACGUCAAACUUUACACUGACACUUCUAAUACGUUAUUAUUCGUUGCUAUGGUAACGCAAUAUUUUGUUUAUGCAUAGAACUGGUAUAGGCUAACUAGAUAUCAAUACAUCCUCAUAAAAAAAAUUUCACGAUUUUCAAACUUGUCGCAACAAAGAUGCCUUGAUGAAGAUAUUCAUAUAUACGUUCAACAUUUGAUAGGCGCGCAUGAUGAUUUUAAAAGAUUCUGUCGAUGGAAAUACCAACAUAAAUCCAUUUGAUGAAACGGAAGUGGAGGAUGUGAAAUUACAAGAGGAGCUACUCGAUGUCAGCACUAAUGAGGAGCUGGAAGUGACAUUUAAAAGUGGGUACAAAAAUUUUAGUUGCUGGUAAAAAUAUCCUGGAUUAUCCUCGUCAUAUCUCGUCAAAAAAAGCUUCAGUGACGCUACAAACUUAUUAACAAAAAAGGAUCAGAUUGAUUAUCACAGAACGGGGAGUUUUGCGGUUAUUCCUCACAAAACUCAAGUCUCGUAUUAAUAAUUUGCUGUCAAUCUAUCAAGAUCAACUCUCUCAUUGAAAUUAUAUUUUUAUCUGUAAUUACUAUUGAAGAAGUACAUUACGAUAAAAGUGUUUAGCUUUGGUUAUAUUACGACUGUUAUAACAAUAAUAAUUAAUAGUGUGAAAUAGCCCCCCCCCCCAUCAAUGCGCGUUUAUAGAUGAUGGUAGUAGGGAUUAGUACGGUCCUGCAAGCAGGUAUACUUGACUACUAUUGUCAGUUCUAUUGUGUCUGUUAGAUAGUGAAGAACACUGCGUGGAUAUCUACGUUCAUUAUUUAUCAUACUAAUUCACCAAGCGCUUAUUAUCCUCUUUUUCGUCUGAAUACUUUCUCAUUUUAACUUCGUGUCUCUCGUACAUUUCUCGACAUUCACUCCUGUAUUUGCCAAACUGUAAUAAUUUAUUUAUUUUAAUAAAUACCUAUAACACAGGAACAUUUAUUAUAUUUCUUUUUAUCGCUUGGUAAAGGGAAGUUUUCUAAAUAUAAUUUGUGAGAAUUGUCCGCCGGAUCUAGCAAAAUUUUGGAAGUGGUCUUUGGAACAAGAAAGUUUGGAAACCAAUGGUCUAGAUGUUAGACACUUAACCCUCCAGAAAAAUAGGUUUUUUGGAUAGUUUUCGAGAAAAUCUCGAUUUUUUAAUAUUUGAAUUAGUUCAAUGUCCCCCUAUGAAUAUAAAAAUUUAAAAUUUUUCAUUUCUUGCAAGAGACAUUCCACUUAAAUUCACCUAUACAUUUUAUCUGUUAUCUAUGUACGAAUUCUAUUUUGUUUUUUGCUUUUUCUUUUGCAUCAUUCCACGUUAGAUUUCUUUCUUUAAAGAUUUUUGCAAUUGUUUUACAUUUUUUGGUCUUCUCCUUUUUCUUUUGUUUUUGUCAUUGCAUUCGAUUAGGAGCAUUUUGUUCCCAAGUUUUCGCACUUCUUUCAUCUUUGCAUGUACGUUUAGAUUUGUUUCAAGGAAUUUUCAAUUUUUUUUCAGUUCCUCUUAAGCUGUAAUUUCGAUUUUUAUUCCAAUAAGCGUUACGUUUUUAUUCCUUCUUCCUCUUUCCAACCACCCCACUGCUUUUCUAAUAUCGCUUAGUUCUUUGGUAAUUUUUUUAUUUUCCUUUUUUAUUACCUCAUAAUUAUUUGUGAAAUUCCGUUUUCUUCUUUUACUAUUUUUAUUUCGUCCUUAAGUUCCUUUUGUUUAGCUCUCAUAUUUUUAAUUGCAUUUUUCAUAUCAAUCAUUUCUGAUUUCAUGCCUCUCAUUAAAUCUAAUAUUUGAUCCAAUUUUCCUUUGUUAUUUUUAUCUAUCCUCGUAGGUGUUCGGUGUGUUUUAUUAUUCCUUUUGAGGGCUUCUUCUUCUUCUUCGUUACCUUUCUAUCAUUUUCUGAUUGGUAGAGCAGUCACACUCUAUUUUUAUUUAUCUGAAGUCUCGUGAAAAGGAUAGGCCUGCCUUUCGGAAGUUCUUUAUUUUAAGUCUGGCAACACCGUAAAGUUCUGCUACAAGGUUUGAUCUUUCUUUGGUCAGAAAUAUUUUUGAAGUGCGUCCAGAAGUUUCGUUAUAUUUAUAAAAGCAGCUAAUUAAAACGUUUAAUGAUGUUAGUAUACGAUAGGAUUGUACCUGGGUUGUUUUCUACACAUAUCACAGUAAUUCUAUUGAAACUAGGUCAGCCUAGAUCUGCUGACCAAAGGUUAGUAGAAUGUAGAAGUCGAAGCUAACAUAAAUCUGCAGGUCAAGUGUAUCGAAAAUCAGAUGAGCAUAAUGGUACGACGUAAACACUCUCCUAUGGUCUUUGGUUGGGGUUGUUAUCGCUUUUAAUUUUAUCUUAUUCUUCUUACAUGUAAUCUUUUUGACUUAAAAAACAAAAAAAUCAAAUCGCGGUAAUCAUUUGACAACUUGGCGGUUGCAAUUUAAAUAUUUGUUAAAUAUUUCAAUAAAUGUCAAAAUAAAUUAUACCGUCAAUAUCGCUUGUAUGAAAUAUUUGUGUUUAUUUAAUUAUAAAUAAAUCAAUAUGUUUUUAACCCUUCAACGCAGUUCUCUGAAGCAGGGUUUAUCCGGUAAUCUAGAGAAAAUGUAUAAUACAAUUUUUCAAGAAAUGCGAAAUGCGAAACUAAUAGAAAACCAGCCUUCACAACUUAGAUUAUCUAAAGUUCAAAAAGAAAUUAUGAAGAAUAUUACCAAAACACAAGACAAAUACCAAAAUGCUCCAGGCAGAAGCUUUACAACCAAGUAAUUAUAAUUGAUAAUAAUUGUAUAGACUGUAUCAUUCAAAAUUACUUGUCACUGAAAAUAAAUUGUAUAAAUGUG